AUGAGAUCACUGCACCACCGUCUCACCUACACAGUAAUGAGAUCACUGUACCACCCUCUCAUCUACACAGCAAUGAGAUCACUGCACCACCCUCUCACCUACACAGUAAUGAGAUUUCUGCUCCACCCUCUCACCUACACAGUAAUGAGAUUUCUGCACCACCCUCUCACCUACACAGUAAUGAGAUCACUGCACCACCCUCUCAUCUACACAGUAAUGAGAUCACUGCACCACCCUCUCACCUACACAGUAAUGAGAUCACUGCACCACCCUCUCACCUACACAGUAAUGAGAUCACUGCACCACCCUCUCACCUACACAGUAAUGAGAUCACUGCACCACCCUCUCACCUACACAGUAAUGAGAUCACUACCCCACCCUCUCACCUAUGCAGUAAUGAGAUUUCUGCACCACCCUCUCACAUACACAGGAAUGAGAUCACUGUACCACCCUCUCACCUACACAGUAAUGAGAUCACUGCACCACCCUCUCACCUACACAGUAGUGAGAUCACUGCACCACCCUCUCACCUACACAGUAAUGAGAUCACUGCACCACCCUCUCACCUACACAGUAAUUAGAUCACUGCACCACCCUCUCACCUACACAGUAAUGAGAUCACUGCACCACCCUCUCACCUACACAGUAAUGAGGUCACUGCACCACCCUCUCACCUACACAGUAAUGAGAUCACUGCACCACCCUCUCACCUACACAGUAAUGAGAUCACUGCACCACCCUCUCACCUACACAGUAAUGAGGUCACUGCACCACCCUCUCACCUACACAGUAAUGAGAUCACUACCCCACCCUCUCACCUAUGCAGUAAUGAGAUUUCUGCACCACCCUCUCACCUACACAGUAAUGAGAUCACUGCACCACCCUCUCACCUACACAGUAAUGAGAUCACUGCACCACCCUCUCACCUACACAGUAAUGAGAUCACUGCACCACCCUCUCACCUACACAGUAAUGAGAUCACUGCACCACCCUCUCACCUACACAGGAAUGAGAUCACUGUACCACCCUCUCACCUACACAGUAAUGAGAUCACUGCACCACCCUCUCACCUACACAGUAAUGAGAUCACUGCACCACCCUCUCACCUACACAGUAAUGAGAUCACUGCACCACCCUCUCACCUACACAGUAAUGAGAUCACUGCACCACCCUCUCACCUACACAGUAAUGAGAUCACUGCACCACCCUCUCACCUACACAGUAAUGAGAUCACUACCCCACCCUCUCACCUAUGCAGUAAUGAGAUUUCUGCACCACCCUCUCACCUACACAGGAAUGAGAUCACUGUACCACCCUCUCACCUACACAGUAAUGAGAUCACUGCACCACCCUCUCACCUACACAGUAGUGAGAUCACUGCACCACCCUCUCACCUACACAGUAAUGAGAUCACUGCACCACCCUCUCACCUACACAGUAAUGAGAUCACUGCACCACCCUCUCACCUACACAGUAAUGAGAUCACUGCACCACCCUCUCACCUACACAGUAAUGAGGUCACUGCACCACCCUCUCACCUACACAGUAAUGAGAUCACUGCACCACCCUCUCACCUACACAGUAAUGAGGUCACUGCACCACCCUCUCACCUACACAGUAAUGAGAUCACUGCACCACCCUCUCACCUACACAGUAAUGAGAUCACUGCACCACCCUCUCACCUACACAGUAAUGAGAUCACUACCCCACCCUCUCACCUAUGCAGUAAUGAGAUUUCUCCACCACCCUCUCACCUACACAGGAAUGAGAUCACUGUACCACCCUCUCACCUACACAGUAAUGAGAUCACUGCACCACCCUCUCACCUAUGCAGUAAUGAGAUCACUCCACCACCCUCUCACCUACACAGUAAUGAGAUCACUGCACCACCCUCUCACCUACACAGUAAUGAGAUCACUGCACCACCCUCUCACCUACACAGUAAUGAGAUCACUGCACCACCCUCUCACCUACACAGUAAUGAGAUCACUACCCCACCCUCUCACCUAUGCAGUAAUGAGAUUUCUGCACCACCCUCUCACCUACACAGGAAUGAGAUCACUGUACCACCCUCUCACCUACACAGUAAUGAGAUCACUGCACCACCCUCUCACCUACACAGUAGUGAGAUCACUGCACCACCCUCUCACCUACACAGUAAUGAGAUCACUGCACCACCCUCUCACCUACACAGUAAUGAGAUCACUGCACCACCCUCUCACCUACACAGUAAUGAGAUCACUGCACCACCCUCUCACCUACACAGUAAUGAGGUCACUGCACCACCCUCUCACCUACACAGUAAUGAGAUCACUGCACCACCCUCUCACCUACACAGUAAUGAGAUCACUGCACCACCCUCUCACCUACACAGUAAUGAGAUCACUGCCCCACCCUCUCACCUACGCAGUAAUGAGAUCACUGCACCACCCUCUCACCUACACAGUAAUGAGAUCACUGCACCACCCUCUCACCUACACAGUAAUGAGAUCACUGCACCACCCUCUCACCUACACAGUAAUGAGAUCACUGCACCACUGUCUCACCUACACAGUAAUGAGAUCACUGCACCACCCUCUCACCUACACAGUAAUGAGGUCAAUGCACCAUCCUCUCACCUACACAGUAAUGAGAUCACUGCACCACCCUCUCACCUACACAGUAAUGAGAUCACUGCACCACCCUCUCACCUACACAGUAAUGAGAUUUCUGCACCACCCUCUCACCUACACAGUAAUGAGAUCACUGCACCACCGUCUCACCUACACAGUAAUGAGAUCACUGCACCACCCUCUCACCUACACAGUAAUGAGGUCACUGCACCAUCCUCUCACCUACACAGUAAGGAGAUCACUGCACCACCCUCUCACCUACACAGUAAUGAGAUCACUGCACCACCCUCUCACCUACACAGUAAUGAGAUCACUGCACCACCGUCUCACCUACACAGUAAUGAGAUCACUGCACCACCGUCUCACCUACACAGUAAUGAGAUCACUGCACCACCCUCUCACCUACACAGUAAUGAGAUCACUGCACCACCGUCUCACCUACACAGUAAUGAGAUCACUGUACCACCCUCUCAUCUACACAGCAAUGAGAUCACUGCACCACCCUCUCACCUACACAGUAAUGAGAUUUCUGCUCCACCCUCUCACCUACACAGUAAUGAGAUUUCUGCACCACCCUCUCACCUACACAGUAAUGAGAUCACUGCACCACCCUCUCACCUACACAGUAAUGAGAUCACUGCACCACCCUCUCACCUACACAGUAAUGAGAUCACUGCACCACCCUCUCACCUACACAGGAAUGAGAUCACUGCACCACCCUCUCACCUACACAGUAAUGAGAUCACUGCACCACCCUCUCACCUACACAGUAAUGAGAUCACUACCCCACCCUCUCACCUAUGCAGUAAUGAGAUUUCUGCACCGCCCUCUCACCUACACAGGAAUGAGAUCACUGUACCACCCUCUCACCUACACAGUAAUGAGAUCACUGCACCACCCUCUCACCUACACAGUAGUGAGAUCACUGCACCACCCUCUCACCUACACAGUAAUGAGAUCACUGCACCACCCUCUCACCUACACAGUAAUGAGAUCACUGCACCACCCUCUCACCUACACAGUAAUGAGAUCACUGCACCACCCUCUCACCUACACAGUAAUGAGGUCACUGCACCACCCUCUCACCUACACAGUAAUGAGAUCACUGCACCACCCUCUCACCUACACAGUAAUGAGGUCACUGCACCACCCUCUCACCUACACAGUAAUGAGAUCACUACCCCACCCUCUCACCUAUGCAGUAAUGAGAUUUCUGCACCACCCUCUCACCUACACAGUAAUGAGAUCACUGCACCACCCUCUCACCUACACAGUAAUGAGAUCACUGCACCACCCUCUCACCUACACAGUAAUGAGAUCACUGCACCACCCUCUCACCUACACAGUAAUGAGAUCACUGCACCACCCUCUCACCUACACAGGAAUGAGAUAA